GUUUCCGACCACGGGACCGUUGUUGUCUGUCGCUGUGUAGAGUGAGGAGAGUGGGCACCAGCGGCGGGAGGACUCGGAAGGUGAGAGCCUGGUGAUGGGGAGGGUGCAUGAAGAUGACGGCUGCUGGCACUCGUAUUGUUAUAAUGGACACGUGUGAGCAGAAAGCAGCUGAUGUAGCCCACGAAGCUGCAGAGGUGAACCCACAGUAUCUACAGCAGCUCAAGGACCUUGAUAUUCCCGAAGAGGAGGCGAAGAAGGCACUUGUUCUUACUGGGAAUGUAUCUGCCGAAGAAGCUGCGAUAUUUUACUUUGACAGCUUAGAAAACCAGAAUCCGGACACAGAUGAUGAUGACACUUAUUACAAGAUGGUGUUUGUGGUGAACAUGGAGCUGUCUAUGGGUGUAGGGAAGAUUGCUGCACAGGUGGGACAUGGAGCAGUCGGCUUAUAUCAGCUCUCGAUUAAGGACGCCAAGACCAAGGAGAUGGUUAAUAAAUGGGAUGAGUACGGAGCUAAGAAGGUUGUUCUUCAGGGCUCCAGCACAGCUCAUCUAUUGGAAUUACAAGCCUUGGCGUUAAGUAUGGAUUUACCAACAUACCUGGUGCAGGAUGCAGGCAGGACCCAGAUUGCAGCUGGGUCUCAUACUGUCCUUGCCAUCAUGGGUGAAGAAGAAAUGGUGAAUAAAGCGACUGGCAAGCUGAAACUGCUGAACUGAGAGCAUGACAGGCAGAAAGCAUCAAAGUGCAGAUGAUGGAGGGUCAGCUGAUGAGACAUCCCGGACACAUGCAGAGGGAGAAGAAUAGACAGCAGACAUGAGUGUGACUCCAGAGACAUCACCAACCCAGGAGCAAAGGAGACACAAGCUCUCAAUACAUUCAUUGCAAAUUAUGUUGGUGAUAGAAGUAGGUACCUAGAGCCAUUGGCAUCAAACAGCACCAGAAAACUGGCCAACCCGUCAUUAAUGUACUUACUAUCCUGCUGUCGUCUUGUGAUGUAUAGUGCCAUUCUCUGUACUGUGAGGAAUCUGCGCUGACACUAACCUACAUCUGACAUAAGAGUGGUUGGGGAAGGGUUACUGAAUUCCUGCCACACUUAUUAAAGAACUCUACAGUCAACUAUUUACAUCACUGCAAAUGGCUGAUAACAGGGGAUAAUCUACUGAAUUCAGCUACCCUGAAAAUGGGGGUAGUUGUUAAACAGACACUCCUUCAUAUUCCACCUUGCUCCUGUUUUGAUAUUGUUUUUGUUUUUAAAGACUAGUAACACGUGGAAUUGACUUUAAAGUAUUUCCCAGUACAGUGUGAUAUGGAUCAAUAUUGAUUCUCUUGCCAUGAAAUUGUGACAUGUAUCCCUGUUUAGCUAUUUGAAUCCCAACUGGUUAUUUCCAUUAUAAAGAAGGGUUUUUGGAAUU